CACUAUUCAUCAAGUCCUUCAGUACAGUCCCACUCAGCCCUGUGCCUGACAGGACGCAGCUGCAGAGAUGAAUAACCAAGGAGUUACCUAUGCAGAACUCAGUCAGGUUAAGGGUUUAAGAAGACAGCAAGUGAAAGCUAAGGGCACUAAAAGUGGAAUUUUGGAAACUGAGCAGGAAAUAACAUAUGCAGAAUUAACUCUUCAAGAUGCUUCGAAUCUUCAAAAUGCUUCUCAGGAUCCUCAAAGGAACAGCAAGAACUCCCACUGCAAAGGGAAGCUCAUUGCUGGGAUCCUGGGGAUCAUUUGCCUUGUCUUAAUGUGCACUGUGGUCACAAUAGCUGUUAUUCCUGUUACUGAAGGACGAAAACAGAACAAAACAUCCCUGGAAACUAGGAUCCAGAAAGCAUAUUACUGUGGUCAUUGUCCAAAAGAGUGGAUGACAUAUUCCAACAAUUGCUAUUACAUUAGCACUGAAAAAAAAUCAUGGAAUGAGAGUUUGUCAGCCUGCGCUUCGAAGAAGUCUACCCUAUUCUCCAUAGAGGAUGAAGAAGAAUUGCAUUUGUUAGGCCUCUUAAUUUCUUCUUCAUGGCUUGGAGUCUCCCAGACAAGCAAUAAUAAUCCAUCUGUGCAGCCAAAACCCUCAACUUUCUCUUCCAAAACGUUGGCAGUAUCAUCAGAGAGUGACCGGGCUUGUCCAUAUUUCAAUUUUGGAUUGGAGAAAGUUUUUUUUACAUCUUGUUUAAAAAUUAAAACAUACACUUGUAAGCACCAGGCAUUUUAGUUACCUAAUUUUGGUAUAAUGCUAUCCCACCAUAUAUAAAGAACAUGUUUCUCAUUUCUCCAAAA